CUCUUCGUGCCGCUUUGCUCUUCGAAAAUGGCUACUGACGGUCAAGCUGUGGUAAUCGGCCUCUCAAAAGCACAUUAUAGAGAAGAUACAUCGAUUCCAUACUGUUUAGAAGUGCUUGGAAAUGGAGAAGUCACUGGAUAUCCAUUUCGAUUACACAACGAGGAUGGACGUUAUAUUUGGAAAAACGAACAGCUUCGACACAGAAGCAUUACCCAGGGAUCCCUCAUCACCUUCAAGAGAAGACCAAGUGAGGGUCUUAUCAACCCUUGCUACACUGAGAAUACCGGAAAGAGCUUGGUGAGUAAUAUUUUGUAAAUGAACUGCCUGUGAUGUGUGACGCUUCUGUAAGUAGAUAUUACCCUAACGUUUGGCCAACGUUUGAGUGUAAAAGCAUCAGUAUUUAGGCCACAGUUCCCUUUCAUUGAACACAAGAUGUCAUCAUUUCGCCACAGUACAAUCCUUGAAUUAUUAUUCCGUCUGCUGGGGAGGUACUCGUGAAAGUAAGGUAAACAAAACCUACGCGAAACAAAACCAAUCUGUACGAAGCAUAGACGACAGAGUUUUGUUUUCUGAAUGGCUUUUGGCAAAGAUUUCUGUAAAACCCCAUAGUUUCUUAUGUAUGCAGUACUUGGAUAAAUGAAAACAGGUGCGAGACAAUGGAUUUUUUGUCCCUUUGCAACUACAGUAGUUGAAGUAUGGGGCUGUAUGGAAAUCUUUCCAUUAUACUGUUUUGCUGAAACUUUUGCCCCUUGUAAGUUUGUUACCUUCCAUUGUGUCACCAUUAUGACUGGUUUGCCCCAUGCUUUGUUUCUUGGAUGAAUUUCACUAAUUGACUAAGGGUAGCAGGCAUUCAUCUUCAAUGUUAACACAACAGAGGCUUAAUAUGUGCUCAUAAAGUGGAUUUAACUCUACAGCAAAAGUGUUGUAAAGUUAAGCAUUCACUAUGACUUUGUGGGUCCCAUCUGUUUAAGUGAAUUUUUUAGUACUGUGUUAUGUGAUGAAGUUUUGAACUGACUCAAGUUAUCAUGAAUAAAUCCAUCUUAUACCAGUUUUACUUUAUUUUCUGUUUACAGGAUAUCAAUACAAUUCUUUCUCAACUACAAUUUGGUGGUUCAGGUUAUAAAGAAGUUGUCUAUCAAGGGAUUGCAGAGGGCUUUCCUACUGCUAAAAUUGAAAAUUUGAAGAUCUAUCAAGAUGUUGAAGAUGAACCCAGUCCUGCUUGUGCCCUCAUCAGUGUGAAAGAGGCAACACUUGAGGACAGAAAAAUCAAAUUUAAAACCCUAUUAGAUGAGGAAUGUGUUUUGAAGAACAACUGCCGGAGCAAUGGGGGCGGUGGUGUCGAGGAGGUUCCAUUACCUGUCCAGGUUUCUUCAUCCAAUCAGUGUGUUAGUAAUUGUGUUCUGCUGGUCAAAUUUGGAAGUAGACUUGAAUCAGAAUCCUGGGAUUCUGAGCGACAGUAUGCUGUGUGUGAAGCAGUCUUGAUUAGCCAACCAGGCCCAUUUGCCCUUGGAAGAAGACAAGACAGUUCUGAUGGAAUUUUGGCUGGUAUAUAAGUAAUUUUUCUUUCAUAUGUACUAGUUGAUCAAUAUGAAAUGUUUUAGAGUGGUUUAUCAUGGAAAAUCUUAUGACUCAUUUUAAUUUUCUCAGUUCACUCUUCAGCCCUAAGGCAAGUAUAUGAAGAGGAUAAAGAGGAAAAAUUGUAAUAGAAGGAAGAAUGUAAAACAAACAGUUCAAACCAAGAUACAUUCAUUUAAAAGGUUAAUGCCUGCUCAAGGCUGUGUGGAUCAUACAAUAAAUAACCUAAUUUUGUUGCAAUAUUGGUUGAAACUAAGAAACAAGCUCAGAGAAGGGGUCAAUCCCCAACAAAGCUUUAAUGUGAAAUUGGUUCCCCAGGAAAAAACUGCCUAUACUAAAUACAACAACUAUCUAUGGGUGGUUGUAAAGUAUUACUACCCAAUCAAUCCAAGAGGGCAUUGAGCAAAAGAAAACAAUGAUGCUUUUAUGAACAUCAGGUUUUAUUUCCUUUGAAAUAAUUUGGCAUAUGGCUUGAUGUACUUGGUGUAUCUCGGAAUAUCAGAGCUAAUUGCAAUUAUAAAUGAUUAACCCUUUGUUUCACCUCAAAAAUUUGUGGUGCUAUUGCCCUUGAGAAUUCCAAGAGAUCUACAAUGUAUUAAGUGAAAGGCACAUGAUUUAUAUUUUUAUUUCUUUGAAUGUUUUUGCUAGGGUCCUCUCUUAAAAGUUAUGGAAUGAACAGAAACCCUCGAGGGAAGUGUAUCAUCAUAAAUAACUCAGAAUUCCAGGAUAAAGCCUACAAUCGCCCUGGUGCUGAGUUUGAUGAACAAGCCCUGAAAGCCCUCUUUGAGUACCUCUCAUUUGAUGUGGAAAUCUACCAAAAUCUUGAAUCACGUGAUAUGAGAGAUCUUGUAAGGACCAUAGCAAGUGAGAAUCACAGUGAAUCUGAUGCUCUCUUUGUCAUUGUAAUGUCCCACGGAGGAGACCAUGAUACUAUCUUAGGUGUGGAUCAAAGAAAUAUAACUGUUGAAGAAAUGAUGUCCGAAUUUAAAGCUGCAAGGUGCAAAACACUUGAAGGAAAACCCAAGGUGUUUAUUUUUCAAGUCUGUAGGGGUUCUUCCUCAGAAUUUCUGGAGCAUGAGAGACGUCAUAUUGACAACACUGUGAGUAGGCUUCGUGGUGACUCCACCCUCUCAAGAGGGACAAGCCCACAAGAAGCUGAUUUUUUAUUGGCCUUUGCAACUACCCCUGGGUAUUAUUCCUACCGAGAUGAAGAUCACGGUACACCAUUCAUUCAGGUGAGUAUGAAAAUGUUUAUUUAUGCUUUUUAUUGUUGUUGUUGUUGUUGUUAUCAUCAUUAUUAUUAUUAGCAGCUUUUUGUUUCUGUAAUUUCUAAGGCCUGGUCCUCCUGCAUACUGGGUAUUUUACUGUUAUGAUCAGCUAAGAGGAUACUUUUUUUUGGUAAAGAUUUUGGUGUCAUUAUUGGAGAGGUAAUCCUACAUAAAUCACUCAACGCUGUCAUUCUUAAGCUGCGUAUUUGCCAGUUCUUUCCUGACUGCUACAUAUCACUGACAUGAUAAUUUGCCUUUGUAUCAAGAAAGUACCUUCCCAGUUGAUAAUUUCUAAUUCUCACUGCUACUUAGGUGCCAAUGUGUUGAUAUUGUAAGGAGAUAUUAUGCACUCAUCAAUCCUUUUUAAGUCCAGUAGUUAUGGACCGAAGCUUUUUAGAACUGGGAGGGCCCCCAAAUGUCAAUAGGGGCAACAACUGAUCUUUAACUUUGGUCCUCAUCAGACUCUUGUGGAAGUUCUUAGAAAACAUCACCAGGAGAGCCAUCUGACAGAGAUGUUGCUAGAGGUAACCAGAUGUGUGGUUGAAAAAGCCGAAAGAGAUGGUUUGCAGAGUUACAUUCAAGUUCCAUCUUACAGCAACUCACUGAGGGCCAAGCUUUAUCUCUGA